ACGAAAUGGCCAUCCAGCAAGCCAUGCACAGAGAGAAGAAAAAGGCUAAGAAAUUAGGGGAGAAUUUGUUCCAAGACAAACCGCUCAUGAUUCGGCAUCCGCGAACCCAGCCGGGAGAGAAACUCUAUGAGUGCGCAGACUGCGGGAAAGCGUUUGUUUCCAAGUCCGGCUAUGUUGUACAUUCGAGGAUCCACAGUGGGGAGAAGCCCUAUGAGUGUUCGCACUGCGGCAAGAGCUUCCGCCAGAGCUCGCAGCUCAACAGCCACAGCAGGAUCCACACAGGAGAGAAACCAUUCAAGUGCCUGGACUGUGGGAAGGGCUUCGGCCGAAGUUCCAACCUCAUUUCACACCAGAGGAUCCACACGGGGGAGAAACCCUACGCCUGCUCGGCCUGCAACAAACGCUUCUGCGACAAGUCCAGCCUGGUGAGGCACGAGAGGCUGCACACGGGAGAUAACCCUUACAAAUGCACCAUGUGUGGUAAGAGCUUCAGCCAGAGCCAUCACCUCAUUACCCAUCAGAGGAGCCACACGGGCGAGAAACCGUACCGCUGUCUGCACUGCAGCAAGAGCUUCUGUGAUAAGUCGACCUACAUCCGGCAUCAGAAGAACCACACCGGAGAGAAGCCAUACAAAUGCCCAGACUGCGGGGAGUGUUUCAGCCGGAGCAAGCACUUCAUCCGGCAUCAGAAUAUUCACUCUGCCCGGGAGCUGUACCCAUGUUUGGACUGUGGCGAGAGCUUUUGCCGCAAAUCAAGCCUGAAGACGCAUCAGAGGAUCCACACCGGGGAGAAGCCCUUCGAAUGCGCCGACUGCGGGAAGAAGUUCAAUCGCAGCACAAACCUGAUCAGCCACCAGAGGAUCCACACGGGAGAGAAACCGUACGCCUGUGCGGAAUGUGGGAAGAGGUUCAAUCGUCGUGCACACCUGAUGGGUCACCAGAGGGUUCAGUACCUCCUCUCACUCACUGCGGGCCAUGUGUCAGUCAUCAGCUUUACUCCUAUUACUAUUCAGUGCAGUGAAUGGACCAUUCUAGAACUGUUUGACCCCUUGUCAGGAGAGGCCACUCAGGAAUCUCAGCCCUCCUUCAGGAGAGCAGCUGACAUGAGCCAAAAGCACAGGGCAAGUCGUGUUAUCCAUACCCUGCCAGAUAUUGGUGGAGAGGACUGUGAGGCCUACAGAAGCAUGGCUUCUUCUGUGAACACGAAGGAAGAGACUGUACAUGAGGAAAACGCCAUCAGCUUGGAGAUGCGGUGCUGGCACCAAGAGGCCGAUGAGGCCCAAGAGAUGCCACAAUCUGAUUCUUCUAAGGCAAAGCAGGAGUCAUCAGGCAUGGUGAAGAUGCAGACAGUCAAAAAGGAGGGUCUCCUGGAGGCCAUCUUGCUGGAUGGUGACCAACGGUGGGAGAGUGAAGAGGAGGCAUUUCCAGCAGAAAGGCAAAAGCAAGCUGACAUGAGUGGAGUAUCUUUGGAAGGAGCCAAAAGCAUGUCUUUCUGGGCUCAUGAGAUGGAGGAGAUGCCUGGGAAUCAACAGGGGACCAAAAAUUGCCAGGAAAAUGAUCCAUGGGCAAUUAAAGAACACUCAUUUUUACACAAUUUACAAAAAAGCACUUUCCAAAGGGGAAUCUUCAGGCCUGAGGGAAAACAGGUGGGCUCAAAAUACAGAAGGAGCUGUCAAAGCCAGGACUUAGCUCAGAACCAGAGAAUGCAAAAAGGGGAUAAACUAUACACGUGCACGUACUGUGGUAAAAUAGCCAAUAGGCGGGCAGACCUGAUUGUACACGAGAGAACUCAUACUGGAGAGAAACCGUACGGAUGCUCUGAGUGCGGGAAGAGCUUCAACACAACCUCUUACCUCACUAAACAUAAAAGAAUACACACUGGUGAGAAGCCAUAUCAGUGCUCAGAAUGUGGGCAGAGCUUCUGUCAGAAAGGCAAUCUGGUUUCUCAUGUGAGAAUACACACGGGGGAGAAGCCGUACGCUUGCAUAGAGUGUGGACAAAGUUUCAGUCAAAGAAAAAUCCUCGAUAAGCACCAGAGGAUCCAUACGGGGGAAAAGCCGUAUAAGUGUUUAGACUGCGGGCAAAGCUUUAGUCAGACGUCUCAUCUCCUGACGCACCGGAGGACUCACACGGGAGAGAAGCCGCACAAAUGCUCAGACUGCGGGAAGAGCUUUAACCAAAAAGGAGACCUCGUCAUACACAAGAGAAAGCAUACGGGCCAGAAGCCGUACGAAUGCUCUGAGUGUGGGAAAAGCUUCAGCACCAGCUAUCAGUUCAUUAACCACAAGAGGUUACACACUGGAGAGAAGCCGUACACCUGUUUGGACUGUGGGCAGAGCUUCAAUUGGAAAUCGAACCUCAUAACGCACCGGAGGAUCCAUACUGGUGAGAAACCAUACAAAUGUUCCAUUUGUCAGAAAAGUUUUAGCGACAAGUCCUCCCUUACGAAACAUGUGAGAACUCACACAGGGGAGAAACCGUAUAAGUGCUCCGACUGCGGGCAAAGCUUCAACUUGAAAUCCAACCUUAUUACUCAUCAGAGAACUCAUACUGGAGAGAAGCCAUAUAAGUGCUCUGAGUGUGGCAAAAGCUUGAGUCACAGAUCCUCCCUUACGAAACACAUGAGAACCCACACAGGGGAGAAACCCUACGAGUGCUUCCAGUGUGGGAAAACCUUCAUAUCUAGCUCAGACUGCAGAAAACAUGAAAGAGUGCAUGCAAGAGAGAAACCAUAUAAACGUAUGAGGAAAAGCCUGCUUAUCCCUCUGUUCUCGUGAACAAAAAAUCCACAUGUGGACCCAGAGGCCAAAAGAUGUUCAUGUUGGAAAGGCCACAGCAUGAGAACCUAGUAAACAUUUACAUGGACCAGAUUUAGCAGUUGCUUGGCCAGUGCUAGAUCUCUGAAAAGAAUAAUUUUUUUAAAAAGCAGAAAUGAACUCUUUUUUCUGGGCUGCUCCAUAAAAAGUUAAAUGUCUGUUUUUAACAAAGUAUUGUGGGAUUUGAAAUAUUUUCCCGGUUUUACUGAUGAAUG